UGCAAUCUGAAAAAUCAUAUAUUUCCUGAACAAAAAAGAAAAUAUAGUCAAUUAUCUUCGGUCUUGAAGAUUCAAUCCGGUCGUGAGAGCCAUGUCCGACGACGUUACAGAAGCUCCACCACCCAAGUCUGCUAACACGGUGGAGGACAUAAUAUUAUGGAGGAGGAAGAAACUGGCAUUCUCCAUCCUCAUCGUCGAGACUGCGACAUGGGUUUUGCUAAACGUCUAUGGUUUCAACUCCAUGACCAUAGUUUCAUGGGCCGCCAUUGCCGCCGUUGCUCUGCUCUUCCUUUGGGGCAAUCUCCUUCGACUUCUCCACAAGGGAGAACCGGAACUGUCGAGAUUGCGAGUGUCGGAGGAUUUUGCGGCGGAGACGGCGUCAACCUGUCGGGAACUCGGGGAAGAAGCCAUAAGAUGGAUGUUUAGCGUCAGCUCCGAGAGAGAAUGGUUCGUUUUCGCACGAACUGUUCUCGGUUUAUGGAUAUUGUCACGUGUCGGGAACCUUCUCGAUUUCCAGACUUUCCUCUUCAUAGGAUCUGUGAUGGGGCUGACAGUGCCGGUGUUCUGGGAGAAGCAGAAAGGGAGAAUAAAGAAAAUCUCGGACAGGUUGAAAGAGAAGACACGGGAAGCAUACAGCGUAGCUCGUGAGAAGAUAGUCACGAGGAAGGGCAAGAAGGCUUCAGCGGAGGAAAAAAAGGAGAAAAAGACGGAAUAGUUUUUCAAUAUAGCCCAUGUGUUUCUACACAAAUUUAACGUCAUGUGAUGGUGUACAUUAAUUCCAAUAAUUACCUUUUUUUAGGGGUUAAAUCAGAUUUUCAUGUAAUAAAUAAUCGUAUAUUGGCGUUGGCGGUGUGAAUAUAAUUACAACAUGAAACCUCUUA